AUGUGGUCCACCGCGCGCGAGAUAGCGGCCGGAGACGUGGUCAUCGCUUGGAUGACGAGAGAUCUCAUCCAACCGCUCGUGAUCACCCCCGGAGGAGAGCUCAACUCAAAGUACGGCUACUACCGUCACGACGAGCUCGUCGGCAUCCCGUACGGCUCCAAAGUGCGCUCUCGCAACGGCAAGGGCUUCAUCCACCUACUCCGGCCGACCCCAGAGCUCUGGACCCUCGCUCUGCCCCACCGGACGCAAAUUCUCUACCUCGCAGAUAUUGCAUAUGUCACCGCGUGGCUUGAUAUCCGGCCUGGGAGCAAGGUCAUCGAAGCAGGUACCGGCUCGGGCUCGUUCUCGCACUCCGUCGCGCGCACCAUCGGUCCUCGUGGCCACCUCUGGUCGUACGAGUUCCACGAGACGCGUGCAGCCAAGGCAAGGGAGGAGUUCACGCGGCAUGGAAUGGACGACAUCGUGACGCUCACGCACCGGAACGUGUGCAAGGACGGCUUUACGGUCGAAGACACCGUCGACGCAGUGUUCCUCGACCUCCCCGCGCCAUGGGACGCCAUCGAGCACGCGAAGAAAGCGCUCCGGAAAGAUCGCGCGACGCGGAUAUGCUGCUUCAGCCCGUGUAUAGAGCAGGUUCUCCGCACCGUGUCGGCGCUGAACGACGCAGGAUUCACCGAAAUCACGAUGUACGAGACGCUCCUCCGUCCCCAUAUGGUCGAGGCGCCGCCGCCGCUCGAAAAGGUGGGCUCGGUCAGCGCGCGCCUGCAGGUAGCGGAUGCGCGCCGCGAGGAAAAGCGCCUUCGCCAGAUCGCGAAUGCACGCCUCGGGAUCGAGCGGCGCGCUGCGAAGCGGAAGGCGGACGAGGACGCAGACGAAGAGGGCCAGGAGGGAAAACGUGCGCGCACGGGCGGCGAGGCCACGGAGGCGGGAGGGGACGAGCUCGUCUCGCCGGAGGACCAGGCGCGAGACGAGGCGGAGGCUCUUGCGGAGAUGCACGCGGCGCCUGCUCCUCCGGCGGCGAGUACACCAGCGGCGCAAGCAGUGCACGACGCAGCAUCCCUCGAAGUGGAGACCGCAGAACCACGAAAAAUCACGCUGUCGAAAGCGUUCCCGGACGUACGAGGGCACACCUCGUACCUCACCUUCGCGGUGCUCCUGCCCGUCGCGGCGUCGGGAAAGCCCGAAGGAUCUGCGAUAGCGGCAACAGAGGCGCAGGUGUGUACUGUUACGGACCCACACUGUGGCAUGCGUUAA